AUGGAUAAAGAGAAGAAAAAGUUUCCAAUUGGACCAGAGCACUACACCUUGUUAGAGGAGAUAGGUGAAGGUGUUAGUGCAUUGGUUUAUCGUGCUCUAUGUAUACUUAACAAUGAGAUUGUUGCCAUCAAGAUCCUUGACUUUGAACGUUGCAAUAGCGAUUUGAAAAAUAUAUCUAGGGAAUCGCAUACAAUGUUCUUGGUUGAUCAUGCAAAUGUUCUAAAAUCACAUUGUUCAUUUGUUAAUGACCAUAAUUUAUGGGUGGUCAUGCCAUACAUGGCUGGUGGUUCAUGUCUUCAUAUUUUAAAGGCUGCCCAUCCAGACGGGUUUGAGGAAGUGGUCAUAGCCACAAUAUUACGUGAGGUUUUGAAGGGUUUGGAAUAUCUCCAUAGUCAUGGCCACAUACAUCGAGAUGUUAAAGCGGGUAAUAUUCUCAUUGGUUCACGUGGUGCUGUUAAAUUGGGAGAUUUAGGUGUUUCAACAUGCUUAUUUGACUCGGGAGACAGGCAACGAACGAGAAAUACAUUUGUUGGGACUCCUUGUUGGAUGGCACCAGAAGUCAUGGAACAACACAAUGGAUAUGAUUUCAAAGCUGAUAUAUGGUCCUUCGGCAUAACUGCUUUAGAGCUAGCUCAUGGGCAUGCUCCCUUCUCAAAAUAUCCUCCAAUGAAGGUCUUACUUAUGACCAUACAGUAUGCACCUCCUACUCUUAAUUAUGAAAGGGAUAAGAAGUUCUCUAAGUCAUUUAAGCAAAUGAUUGCUAGUUGUUUGGUUAAAGAUCCCGCAAAGAGACCUACGGUUAAGAAGUUGAUAAAGCAUGCAUUCUUUAAACAAGCUAGAUCAAAUGAGUACAUCACACGAACGCUUUUGGAUGGCUUGCCAUCUCUUGGAGAUCGAAUAAAAGCACUGAAGAGGAAAGAAGAAGAUAUGCUUGCCGAAAAGAAAAUGGCUUAUGGUGAGAAAGAGGAACUCUCUCAGAGUGAAUACAAAAGAGGCAUUAGCACUUGGAAUUUUAAUUUAGAAGAUAUGAAAGCUCAAGCAGCCCUGAUCCAAGAUGAUGACAAUUUAUUUGAUAAUGACAAUGGAGCUGUAGUUGGUAGCUCUACAAAUAAUCAUCCACAAAGUUUGGAUAAUAUUUACGAGGAUAGCGAAUCAUCUAAUAAUCAAACUUCCAAAACAAAUUGUCAGAAUUCUGACGAUGAUUUAGGCAUUGCUAGUCUAGAAAAUGCUAAAGUUGCAUCACAAUGUAAUUCUCCUCGUCCAACAGAGAACAUCGAAAGAAAUAUGGGCGAAUCAUCAAACAAUUUAGGUGAAGUAUCAAGUAAUGAAGGCAUGCGAAAAAUGGUAGAAAAAUGUUCAUUACCUUUGCAUAGUAGAAGGGCAAGCUCAUCAGCAUGUACUUAUACAUUAGAUAUACCAACCAAAACAACUAUGAGAGUUGAAAGUUUCAAAUCACCUAAACAUCAUGAACGUGUACUCACCAAUGAAAGUUCAACGUGUUCACAAGGGGAUGAAUCAACUCCAAGAACUUUCAUACCUUCACCAGGCAUGUAUCUAUACUUUAUGUUACCAAUAAAUUUUAUUAAAUUAUCAAUAAAUGUUUAAUCAUUUUAUGCAAGUAUUUAGUGACAAGUAAUGUCGAUGAAAUGGAAGAAAGGGUUAUUCAAAUAAAAGGGCGUUUUCAAGUAACUAAAGGUGACCAUGAAAAGGUACCCUGUAAUAUUUAAUAUACUGCCUCCGGUCUAAAUUACUCGUAUAUUUGGGGUAUUAUUUGUGAGAUAUAAAAUAUUCUAAAGUUGCGAGUAAUUUGGACGGGAGGUAAUAUAUUUUAUUUGUCACUUUUCAUUAUUUCACAUUACAUUAUACAUAUUUUACUAUACGUGUUGAUAUAAAACACCUUUGAAGGUUGUGCAAAUAUAUGUGGGGUGCGAGGUUGAGGUAAUGGAGUAAUGACAUCGCUCUCAUCUCGUAUCCCUGAGGUCUAGGGAUCAAGUCUCAAGAGACUCAUUUUGAGGAAUUUUCCUUAUCUCUCCCCCUCAAAUGAGCCCCCUUCUUCUUACCACCAAUAUAUAUGUGUGUGUACUUAUAAUCCUAUUUUUUUUCUUUUUUGAAGAAAAUAAAAAUACAAACUUAUCUAAAGAAAUAAAAUAAGAAAAAUUAGCAUCUACAUAUAGAUCAAUGUUUACAUAGUCAGUAAUUUGAUGGCUUGUAUCUGCAACAUAAUCUGCUGCACGAUUAGUUUCUUGAUACACUUGUUUUGAUCAACUGCUUUUUGCUAUGUGUAAUACUUUAUUUCAUGACAAAAAUCCAGUAUAAUUUAACAUUAUAUAAUUGUACAUAAUGCUUCUCAUAGUCUAUGACAUAUCAAUUUUUAAAUAAACUGUUGACUCCACAAAAUUAUAGCACAUACAUCUUAUUAUAUUAAAGUAACUUAAAUCACCUAAAAUUAUAUGUCUUUCAAAUUUUAAUGGUAAAAAAAUAAAGGUAAUAAUUUGGUGUAUUAAACAUACAUUGCUCAUAUCUAAACUUUAAAUGCCUUCAAAAGUUUAGGGUCUAUUUGGCGUCAUUAUGGCUUUCUAUUUUUCAAAAUAUACGUAAUAUAUUGAAUCAAAAAUUGGUAAAACUUAUUAAAAUCAUGACAAAAAUGUAGAAACAAAAUUUUCUUGUUUCUUGUUUUUAAUUUUUUUUUGUUAAAAAAAAAAAAACAAAAACGAUACCAAACAAGCCUUUAACUAAUCACAAGCACACAAUAAUGUAACAAUUUUUAAAGCUAAACUAUAUUUUACUGGGUCUAAAAAAAUACAUAUUUUCUUCAUCCCAUAAUAUUCUCAUUGCUAUUUGCACCAUCUUUAAGAUAUACCUUUCACCAUUGACAUCUUUAAUUGAAUAUUAACAAAAAUUAUUAAAAAAAAAAACUAUUACCAAAAAAGUAUAUAUUGAGACAAAUCUAACAAUAUAUCACAUAUCCAUAAUAUUUUGUACAUGUCAAUGAAAAUUAUUGGUCAGAUUUUUCAAAGUUUAACCAUUAAAAAAAUACAAACUAUAUUAUAAGAUGAAGGAAAAAUACACUUUAUUAAUCUCAACUAUUGCCGAUUUACUUCUAACAAUCCCAACUAAGGUUUAUUUUUUAACAAUCCUAACUAUGCCCUUAGUUUUCCUCCAACAGUCCCAACCGGUCAACAAAAAGUCAACAACCUAUUAUAACAGGUACCAUGACACGUGUCAACACGUGAUUAGUCUAAAAUUUUAAAAAAAUUAAAAAUUAAAAACCAAAAAAAAAAAAACCUCAAAAAUUCCCAACCACCUUCUUCACCGCAAAACCCUAGUUGACUGCCUAACAUCGCUGGCGGAAAAUCAACGGCCACCACCCUUACCCACCGGACAUCGCCGACCUAAUCUCAACAACCCUAGCUGGCCCAAUCCUGACCCCCGGAACCACCUACCCAACCACCCUGAUGGACUUUCGUUGGACUUGUUGGUGGUUUUGGGAAUCGGGGUGGCUGGGAAGAUGGUUUUGGGGGUCGAGGAUAGGUCACCUAUGGUCGUAAAGGUUAAAUUAGCUGAUUUCAGUGGUUAGUGGGGACGUGUGGCUAUUUUCCGGUAAGUUUAGGUGGGUUUCGCGGUGUGGGGUUAGGAUAUUGUGGUGGUUAGUGGAGAAGGUGGCUGGGUGGUUUUGGGGGUUGAGAGGACCUGUCGGCCAUUUUCGGGGUGGGGGAAGGUGGCGGAAAACCACCCAUUCUCUGAUAUAUAGUAUUAUUUUUGUUUUUCAUUUAUUUACGCUAUUAACUAUUGUAUCUAUAAUUCUAUCUAUGUCAUCAAUUUUUUUUUUAUGUAUGUUAAUUGUAACAGAGAAGAAUUCUAAUAGAACAAAAGUAUCAUCAUUUGUUUUAAUUAUAGUGAAGUGUCUUAUAAUUAUAAAAAAGAGAUAUAUAUGUGUGUAGGUUAUUAUUCCAACUCCUACAAUGGCUUUACCUUCUCCUAGAAGAGAAAGAUUAGCAAAUCAUUCGAAUUGUUUGUUUUCACUACUACAAUCUAUUCUACAAGCCAACGCCACUCAAAGGGAAAACCUUUUUGGUAUGGUGAAACAAAUUUCAUCCACUUUAGUUAAUGAAAAUUGCAACGGCAAUGGAGGAUGUACUCACGCUAGUAUUGUAGCCAUUGAAAAAUCUUUGCUUGAAAUUAGUCAAAACAAAGAGAAGGAACUACAUCAAGAAAUUACAAUGCUUCAAUUGAGGAUAGAUCGUAUUGAAGAAGAGCUCCAAAAAUCCAAAACCAACAGUUAACUUUCCUACCAAUAAUUGUUAGAAUUAUUAGAGUACAAAAGAAAGAGAAUUAAGCUUUGUUAUCAAACAUAAAGUGUUGUAUUGGGAAAUGAUUUGGUUAUUUUUGGGUUUAAGAUUAGUUUUUUCUCUUUCUUGAUGAAUGCAAUUUCCUAGAGUAAUGUAUGAAUUAAUAGACAAUUAAUUUUGGCUAUUAAAAUUUACAUAUAUGCAUGUCCGUU